AUGUCUUCACCACCAACUCUUUCAUUACCAUCGAACGCCGUAGCAGGUCUGUACGCGCGCCCUGGACCAGAUUCUGAAGCAGCAUUAGCCGCCCUCAUCAACGAUGCCAAAGCGAACAGCUUAGACUCUGUUCUCGACUCCAUCAUUUAUCAUUUCAUCCUCUCCGCAUUCGCCGAACCGACAAAGAUCGACUCCCUCAUCGAUUUUCUUGCCUCAAUAGCGUCUCGUAUCACACCCUCGCUCUCACAUCCAGGAAAUCCAGAAGAAAAGUACAUGUCUACCCCUCUUCGUCCCUCUACUGGACCGAACAUCCUCUCCGAGCGUCUGUCACAUACGUUGUACGGGCGUCUGUGGGAGUUAACCUCUCGCGCCGUUACUCCCGAUGAAGAUUACGACAAGACGCUUCCGAAGAAAUAUUACAUCGAUGCCUGUAUCAUUUCAACCAUCCUCGCCCGGGCAUUUGCAACCCAGCCACUUUAUUUCAGAGAUUCACUCUGGCGCGAGGUUGAGGACGUGCUCGUCAAAUCGUUGUUCUCAGGUCCAGAACAGGAACCUGGCGUAUUCGUCGCUCUAUCCGCUCUCUUGCUAGGGGCAGGCAGCGAAAUCAGAGAGUACUUAGGCGCCGAAAGGGGUAAGCGAGGUAAAGGGAAGGCCUGGUUGUGGUACGACGACGUUCGGACGCAGAAGGACGCAGAGUGGGGAUGGGAAGACAUCAUUGAAGCUCUUCUUGAAGUGCCCGAAGAAGAGCUGUCCACCAACCUACCCGACUACGUUGAAGCUACCUUGGCUCUGGCCAAGGUUCACGUAGGUCAUGGUGAUGGUGAAAUUCCCAGCUGGGAUAGCGAUAAACUAGCUCAAGAAGCCUUCAACUGGCUUUGA